AAAGGGGUUGAAGUUUUCUUGGUUUCUUGAAAGAUUUUCUUGAAAAUUUCAAUUUUUUUCCAAAAAGGGGUUACUGUUUUCUUGAUUUCUUGAAAAUUUUUUUAAGGUAGUGUAGUUUCACUCUACUCAUUUUCAUUCUUGAUGGCUUGGUAUAAUAGGAAGAUGGUAGUUGUUAUUAAAGAUAAAAUGGCUAUUUGUUUGAAUUGUUCACCAGAAAGGUGUCCUAAAGAAUGUGGGAUGAGACAAUUUUUGUCUCCCCCUUCUAGUCCUAUUAGAAGUGAAAAUCAUCAUAUGCCUUAUUUUUUUGUUAUUUUGCUUUGUGUACUUGGGGCAGUUUUUGUGUUCAUUUGUUAUAUGAUUACUCUUAGACGAUACAACAUGAAUACAAGGAGAAGUAAUGAAAAUUUGAGUGGAAAUGGUGAGGGUUUUGUUGAUGAGAAUAAUGGGACAGAUAUGGAUCAUCCAAUUUGGUAUAUACAUACAAUUGGACUACCGCAAUCUGUAAUUGAGUCGAUACCCGAGUUUAAGUAUAAAAAGAUUGAUUCUUUGAUUGAUGGUGUUGAUUGUUCUGUUUGUUUGUGUGAAUUUGAAGAAGAUGAGAGUCUUAGGCUUUUGCCUAAAUGUAGUCAUGCUUUUCAUGUGACUUGUAUUGAUACUUGGUUAAGUUCACAUAUGAAUUGCCCGGUUUGUCGUGCUCCUAUUGUGUCUGAUUUAAAUGCUGCAUUAGGGAUAAACAAUGUAGAAGUUUCUUCAACUGAUGUGAAUGGUUCUAGUGGAAAUGAGGUGAAUCCAGUGGAGAAUGAACGUACGGGGAGUGAAAUGGAAAAUCAAGAAUUGGAUGAGGGGGAGAAUCGUGAAAUGAGUGUACGAGAUGAAAAUGUUGUUGCCUUGUCAAAUGAAGAAGGGAAAAUUGUGGGAAUUUUGGAGAAAGUGCACGGUGUUGUUGAUGAAAAGGGGAAGGGAAAAGGGUUGCGAGUAUCUAGUGAUUUAGCUGAGCAUCGAGUUAAAGUAAACAACGUAAUGCAGACAGCAUUGAGGUCAGUUUCAAUGGAUCCAUCAGCUGUUUUAGUGGUUCGUCGUGCUAUGAGUCAAAUGAGUUUGGGAAAUAGCGGUGAAGGGUGUUCUAAUUCGAAAGAUCAACUUGCUGAAGGGAAGGCUGAAAAUUCUGAUGCAGCUGCAAAGAGAGGAAAUAGAAACUCGAGGUUAUAUGAAGCGAUGAAGUGUUCUUCCUUUGGUCGUUCGUUGCAAAAAGUACCAAUUUGUAUGAAGAGGUCCUUCUCUUCUAGUGGUAUCCACAAGUGAAAAAGAGGUCAAGAACACAUAAGUGACAAUCAAUCAAUGUAAGUGAAGCUUUUAAAUACUUUGCUUUCUUGAAUUUCAGUAGGAGUUCAAGUUUUUGCAUUUGGAAACAUAUCGAAAACAUAUUGGCAAAUAGUGCCCACAUAAUAAGAACUGAUGAACAGCUGAAUUGAGCUGAUUCACAAAUGUCAAAGAAACCAAAAAAGAAUUAUGAAUUGUCUAAGUUUCAUUUGUCAAUGUUGUUGAUGCACUUAACAAGCAAAGAUAGUACUGUGAAUUCGAUUUGGCCCUCUUCAAUUUGUGUCGAUGAAGGCAGAAAUAUAUCGUUAACGAUAUUUCUUAUGAAUCUGAAUGAUAUCUAAGGUUCUUGACAUAAACAGAAUCAAAUUCAGGAAUUUCACUUUGUUGAAAGGAAAAAGAUACUAUUUGUGCUGAUGAAGGUGCUUGGAAAAUUUUGGAACAUAGUACAGCAUGCUGAAUGCUUUUUAUAUUUGUUACCAUCUGUCGUCUAUUAUGUUUUAGUUACCACAUUAUUUCGUUGUUGUUAGUGUUUUUUGGUUCUUACCUUAUUAAUUAGACACGUUUUCUUUAAUCC